GCUUUCUGUUCCAUAUCGGAUGCAUGGAAAUCAAUCGAGCUUCCACAUCAUUCAUCCUUCUCUACAGUACCCAGUCGUCCAUAUCAUUGAGAGCAUCCGCAUGCCUUGUGUUCCCGCUCGAGACAACCUUCGGGUCAUAAUGAUGCUGUAGCAUCGUCCUCAUUGCCAACGAGUAUUCUCAUCGGUUUCAUUGUCAGCUCCACCAUGUACAGGCUUCCACAUAGGGCCAUUUGCGGCCUCCGGGAAUGCCUCGCUCGGUCCUCGAGAACGUAUGCCACCUCCUCAGAGCCCACUCUUCGUACCGCCCUCUUCUUUCCCGGUCACGGAGUUCAGAGAAAAGGCAUGACAAGGCCAUGGAUCGAAGCAUUUCCCCAAACAUGUAAACCAUUCCUGGAAGAGAUGGAUGAGAUACUCAAAUGCAAGCUUUCAACCCUCAUCGAUGAAGGACCGAUAAUCGAUCUUGACAGGACGGAGAAUGCGCAGCCGGCCAUAAUGGCCUCCUCCAUCAUGAUCCUGAGAGUCCUCGAAAAGGACUUUGGCUUCAACACGGACAAACUGAUCGACGUCACCUUGGGCCACAGCUUGGGAGAGUAUGCAGCACUUGUCGCAGCCGGUAACCUGGAAUACGAGUAUGCACUCGAUCUCGUCCGAAGGAGAGGAGAUGUCAUGGGUGAAUGCACACGAAAAGCCAAAGAAGAAUCCGGUGAAGACUUCGGCAUGAUCGCAUUGGUCUGCGAGCCUGGCCAAAUGGAUUCUCUGGUAGCAAGUGUCAGAGAAUUCUUGAGCCAUGGGACUGAAGGCACCAAAGACGACUCCAGCGCUCUUCCUGCGAUCCAACAGGUGUCCAUUGCCAAUAUCAAUUCCAAGAACCAAAUAGUCCUCAGCGGGAGCUUUCAGCGCAUCCGGAAUCUCCUCGUCCAUAUCCGAGAAUUCGGUGGACACGACCCUCGCGCGGUAGAACUGAAAUCUCGAUCAGCAUUUCACAGUCCUAUAAUGAUGCCUGCGUAUGAGUUCAUGAAGAAGGCCUUGACUCCGGACAAAGUAACCUUUCCCGGACGCUGUCCGUGUAUCAGCAAUGUAACAGCUCGCCCGUUCCAAUCCAAGGACGACUUGAUCCAGAACCUUUCCCAGCAAGCCGUCGGUACAAUAUUGUGGUGGGACUCAAUCAAGUACCUGGAUAAACAGGCUGGAACGCGUCGAUGGCUAGGUGUUGGUCCAGGGAAGGUUGGACGUAACCUCGUUUCGAAAGAGGUCGGUCGAUCGUCCACCAAGGGAGGUGGUGUCUGGUCGAUCACUGAACCAUCAGAGAUAGAGGAGGCACUUCGGGAGCUAGAAGCCACGGCGAAAGAAGACCAUGAGUGAUAUGCCUUGAGACAGAUCAGCUGGCAUCCCUACAGGGUCGGGCAAGGAAAGCCAUGUUGAGAGGCAAUAGCGCGAGACGAUGGAAGGCUAAGACCUGCGUCAGGCGUGGUGAGAACAUAUCAAAAGCCAAGCAAGCUGCGACUGAAUGUACAUCAAUGCCAACAAUGAUGUCAAGAAGAAGGCGAAAUGACCACGAACGCAGGCCAAAAUGACAAGGCAUGUGAUGCAUUGGGCCGCAGUCUCGUGAGGACCCUGGCUUACAAUAUCUGAGGACCGUGCCAUGCGAUGUAUGGCUGCAGUCGCCUGAGGACCCCGGCUAUACUAUAUCUGAGGAACGUGCCAUGUGACGAUACUUGCGAAAAUUGGAAGAAUAUAAUUGAAUUCGCCAGAAAGUGCUCUCAACACAAAGACCCCUAGCAGCGGGUUCAGGUCAAACCAGAUGGUCCAAUGUGGAAGGCGGCCUGUUGCUAGGCGAGCAGGAGAAAUCACAGGUUCAAAUCCGCGUCGAGUCAACUUCCACCGAGAUAUUCGACAGUGCAGAGUCUGCGAACCCGGCUUGCAUCCUCCCAUCGAAAUAUGCGACAAUGCAGAUCCUGCGAACCCGGAUUGCAUCGAAUGGGAAAAAACCCCUCCCGGGGUUUCUCUUCCCACCAGCGUUAUCGACACGCUGGUGGGAAGAGUUUUUGUCAUUUGGAUUGACUCUCCCUUUGUGGGUUUCCGAAUCGUGCGCUCAGUAUAUUGUCGCCAAGCUAGAUGAACUGAGAGUCGAGAAGUGCGGCAGUUGGCUGGAGCUACUAAGUUGUUUGGACGAGAGUGCGUCAGGUGGCGUGGUUGGUGCUGGAAUUGGUAUUCUGAUCAGAAGCUACGAGAGUGUAAUAUAGACAGUACUCGGUAAUUGAUUGUUUAUCGGGUUGAAAAUGUAUUGCUACCGUGCAGGUGGCUACGAGGCUGUGGAUUGCCAAAUCCAAGCCACUGUCAACCAAGCCUUCAAUCCCC